GGAGUUCACCCGCAGUGCAGGAUCGGCUGGACUGCGACCGUUUGGAGUUUGCCCAGUCGUAUGGACCACAAACUAGGAUAAAGACUAUCAAAACCAAGUGUUAUGACAGAAGGAGUGGGCUGACCUGGGAGAGGUUUAUCCCUGCAAUCCAGCGACUGUAAAAAUUACAAUAAAACCAUUAGGAGGCAAAGAUUUGUUGGAUAUCAGAUUGUGCCAGUGGAGGUUAUUCCUGAUUAGCAAACUAGUCAUCUAUUAUUCCACAAGUUUACGUGUGUUUGCACUGGCUUACAUGAGCUUGUUUAUCAGGGUGUGUCUUUAUAGAUGUGUCCAGGUAGGUUAAAAUGGCUUUGUGGGGUUUAAAAGCAGGUGUGCAUUAGUCGGCGCUCCCUCAUCCUCCCUCAGAAUGGGAGAUGAGAGCAGCCAUCUCAUUUGCUGAUCAGAUCACGGACAGAUUAUCAGCCUAAAUGAGCAUUAGAAGAAGUCGAGCUCUGAGGUGUCUGAAUAGCAUGUUCUGAACAGUCUUAGCAUGUGUGAAUACAGCGAAGAACUGGUGGGAAAAGAAGCAAGAAGGCAACCAUUGAUGUGGACUUUAUUCCAAACUGGUUAUUCCCUUCUUUUUGGACUUCAGUUUGACAGAAUCUCACCACUACGCAAGCGCAGCGCAGUAGAGCUGAUAUCACAACUGUAACUUCAACCAGAAGAUAGUGUUCUCUGCUUGCACUGAUACUGAAACGGGAUCACUCCAUCUCUGAUUCUGACUGAACGUGUUGGUGGACCCAUUUGUGAUUCUAUUAGUCAGCACCACCAUGUAUGUUCUGUGCACACUGGUGUUGCUGUCUCUCCACAACCUGUUUAGGAGACCCAGGGUCUUGGAACCCUCUGAACCCAAGGCUAUCGAGGGUCCUGAGCAGCACAGACCAGAUGUCGCCAAACUGGGACGCAAGAAGAGGAACAAGCACACCUUGCAUGAAGGUUCUGGACCACUAGAGUCCUCAAGGGUCCAUGACUUUGAAAGAUGCCUGGAUGGACCCAGUAGAGCAAGUAAAAGAAGAUCCGUGCACCUGGAUAAUGUGCACAAGAGGAAGAAGAGAGCACAGCCGGUCCAACGGUGUGUUCUGCUCGGCCCUGUGGUCAUGUACGGCACACGAAAGACCUGGGACGUCAGCCACACCCCCUGCCUGCAGGAGCUCUGGAACAAAGACCUCUCAUUGGAUGCGAGUUCCCUGGAUAUCUUGAUGAGUGAUGGUGAGGAGGAGAGCUCCUUCCUCUCGUUGCCCAACUCUGUCCUUCAGCGCCACUGUUUGACCUCUGACCUCUCUGAAACGGCCACCUCAGAACAGCAGCAGCUGCUCAUACAGACACUGCAAGAGAGAGUCUGUGAGUUUCAGGCACGUUUGCGCAGUGAAGACUCUGCCAAAAGACUCCUGCUACAGCGACUGCAGACACACGACCACCAGCUCAACCAAGACAACCACCAGAACGAGGAACAUUCAUCCAUUAACCAAGAACCUCAAGAGCAGCCCAGACUGCAGGACAGCCAGCUCAACCAAGCUGUGUCACCUACAGGGGUGAGGAGCUCUUGUGUUUUGACACAGAGGCCUGUGGAUUUCCCCAGCGCUGUACAAGUGAGUAAAGUUCACUCACUGGAGCAACUGCAAAAAGACGAGGGAGAACAACUCGCUCUCAUUACAGGGCUGCGCACACAGGUCAGGGAGCUGGAGGAGAAACUAGUGGAUCAGACGCAGGAGGUGGAGAGACUGCGCUCUGAGCUGGGGGCAACAGAUCUGGAGAAACAGCUCGAGGUGCUGGAGAGUGAAAACCAGCGGCUCAAACAGGAGCUGAGGGCCAGUCAGACCCAGACCACCUGCUCUACCGGCCACUGCCACCACAGCCAGGAUGUGCAGGCCCUGCGUGGAGAGCUGUGUCGUAAGGAUGAGGAGUGCCGUGAGCAGGAGCGGCGACUGGCUGCUCUAGAGCAGCAGGUGCAGGAGAGGACGGGUGUGGUAGUUCAGCUGCAGCAGCAGCUGGAAGAGGCGUCACGUCUCAGGAGCCAGAGCGAGGAGCAGCUGACCUCACGGCUUCGUGAUGGUGAGGAGGCUCUGUCUCGCCAGGCUGCUCUGCCGCUGCAGGUUAAGUAUGUGACCAAGACGGUUGAAGUGGAGUCGGCUCAGUGUAAGCAGGCUUUAAUGGAGGCUCAGGCCCGUAACCAGGCGCUGCAGGAGCAGCUGAGUGUUCAGAGGCAGCUCCUCAGAGAGCUGGAACAGCAGCUCCACGAGUCCCAGAGAAGCAGCAGUCAACUCCGCCAGCAGCUGAGGACGGACCGCAGCCGUCUGUAUGGUCUGCUCUCCAAGGCGGUGGGUGGGGGUAACACCGAGGUCACCCACAGGCUAUCCAAGGUCGUCCAGAUUACUCUGCAGGGGUCAAAGAUCCUGGUGUAUGAGGGUGAGAUGGAGAGAGCUCAGGGUCAGCUGGAAGCAGAGAUGCAGAGUCUGGAGGAGGAGAAGAACCGAGUGAUCGAGGAAGCUUUCAUCAGAGCCGAGAGUGAAAUGAAGGCCGUCCACGAGAACCUAGCAGGUGUGCGGAUGAACCUCCUGACGCUGCAGCCGGCUCUGAGAACCCUCACCUGUGAUUACAACUGUCUGAAGAGACAGGUCCAGGACUUCCCUUACAUGCUGGAGAAAGCCAUCACCGAGGCGAAGCAGGAGAUCUGUCAGGUGAUUGGAGAGGUGAGCAGUGCAAACCAAGAACUGCUGCGCAAAUACAAGCGGGAGAUGAACCUGAGGAAGAAAUGCCACAAUGAACUGGUGCGUCUCAAAGGAAACAUUCGUGUGUUGUGCCGAGUACGUCCCAUAUGUGCUGGAGAAACAGAUGCUGCUGACACCAAAAACAUAGUGACCUUUGACCCUGAUGAUGAUGCUGUUCUCUACUUGUCCAAUAAGGGCAAGCUCAUGACCUUUGAACUUGACAAAGUCUUUCCUACUCAGGCCACUCAGGAGGAGGUGUUCCAGGAAGUGCAGUCUCUGGUCACUUCCUGUAUUGAUGGCUUUAACGUAUGCAUCUUUGCCUAUGGGCAGACCGGCUCUGGAAAGACCUAUACUAUGGAGGGUGUCCCUGAAGACCCUGGCAUUAACCAGCGUGCUCUGCGGCUGCUCUUCUCUGAAGUGUCGGAGAAAAAGCCCGACUGGGACUAUAAGAUCAUCGUCAGCAUGGUGGAAAUCUACAAUGAGACACUUCGGAACCUGUUGGGUGACAAUCCCAAUGAGAAGCUGGAUAUAAAGAUGUGUCCAGACGGCAGUGGACAGUUGUAUGUGCCAGGACUCACAGAGUUCACCGUGGAGAGCGUGGAGGACAUUAACAAGGUGAAGCUCACAGCAUCCAACCAGAGUUAUGCUACCUGUCAUCACUACACGCUUCAGUGCCAGCUUCACGAACUCCACAAAUGUAUGAAUAUCACCACUGUAGAUAACAAAAUAUUAUUUCCUGGGAAAAGCAACAAAAAGUUUUCUUAG